AUGUUUACUAACAACAUCUACGAUAGUGCAAUUUUCCCUGCAUGUUGAGUAAUACUCAGUCUCUGCGUAGAUUUUAUUGAUUAGCACAAGUUAUAUUAAAUGUGAAUUAAUAAGUGAAAAUUAUUCAGUGGCUUACCAUAUAAUUCGAUGCAGCUGCAAAAGGUAACCCCGGAUACGAAAUAAAAAUGUUUUUCACUCGUCCAAUGGCACGACUGCUAAAAAGCAAUGUCAACGUUAAUGCCAUUACCCGACAACAACUCUGUGUCGAAGCGUUAAAUACCUUAACAGUACCCACUGUUCAAAGCGUAAGAGACAAAUGGAUUUCACGAUUCAAAACAGAAAACAUACCGGAAGCAGAUUCAUCCAUUACCAACAUCCUGGCACACGUACUCAAAGUGCAGUCUCUGAGCGACGUGAACGAGCACCACAAGGAGACGAAGUUGAGCGAAGCUCAACUGGCAAAGGUCGACGAGUUAUGUGAAUGCCGGCUAGCCCGGAUGCCGAUUCAGUAUAUCAUUAACGAGUGGGAAUUCCGUGAUUUAAAACUGAAAAUGAUUCCCCCGGUAUUCAUUCCAAGACCGGAAACAGAAGAAUUGAUAGAAUUGAUAUUACAACAGAUUGAUGCCCAUGGGGAGAUGAAGUUUUUGGAAAUUGGCUGUGGCACCGGAGCGAUAACUUUGUCCAUAUUGAAACAUGCACCUCUGGCGUCCGCUAUCGCUUUGGACCAGAGUACAUUGGCAUGCGAAUUAACAUUGGAAAAUGCUAAGCAACACAGCUUAGCCGAGAACCUACGCAUUUUUAGACAUAAGCUAGUGGACAAACUGCCGACGGAGCUAGAGAGCCAAAAGUUCGACAUGAUCGUCAGCAAUCCGCCGUACGUUCCAUCCAGGCAAUUACUCACCUUGGAACCGGAAAUUAAAAUCUACGAAGAUCUACGUGCCCUCGACGGUGGCCCCGACGGUUUAACCGUAGUCAAAGCAAUACUAGAUAUAGCAGGAAAACAUUUGCAACCUGCCGGUGUACUGUGGCUGGAAGUUGACAGUUCGCAUCCUCCUCUGAUUGAGAAGUAUUUGGACGAGACUGUCCCACAGUUAGGUUUGAAAUUCAUGUCGUCCUAUAAGGACCUAUUUCGCAAAGAACGCUUCGUAGAAAUAAUGAAAGUUGACAAAUAAACGCUCAAUGUUUACGUUUGACAAUUA